CCUAUGGGGGGCAGAAGGGGCAGAGCUCCCAUGGCAGACAACACAGAGUGAAUGAGCCAGCAUCAUUCUCCCCGAGGGAAGGGUCCUUGACAGAUCUAGAAAUGGCAGCUAGGAAAGUGAGUGGGCCAAGGCCCGCCCCAUGGCCUCUGGGAGGCCCUGGGUUCCAUUCCCACCAUUGCACCAAGAGGCCAGGAGGCAGACUGGUUUCUGACCCGCCCUGCUGCAGCAGUGUUUCCAUUGUAUCGAUUGUCUCUUGUUUGUCUAUCCCUUUGAGUGGUGGAGUCUUGGCCAAAUCACUGCCCAGCUAAACUGAACUUUUGUUUGGAGCCCUACUUCAACUAAGCGAGGUGGCUGCCUGCCAGUUGAGAUUUCACGUGGCUGUGUGGCCUCUUUGGGGUUUGAUUCAAACCAAACUUGUUUGAAGGCCGAGUGAGUGGGGGAGUAGAGGUGAGGCUGGGACACUGGGGAGGAGAAGGACUUGUCCCUCCCACCUCAUGAGAGGGCCACCUCAGGAACCAGCAGGGCGGGACUGUUGACAAGACCCAAGGACAAACCAACCCUCCUCACAGUUCAGCAGUAAUCUAGAGGGUUCCAGAAAAGCGAAACGUUCCCUCCUGAAGACAGACAGCCAGGAGCCAGCGUGAGCAGCCAACAGCCUGUGCCAGAGAGGUGCCAGUAGCAGCUCCUUCAGAAUGUCCAGCCAGGACCUGAGUAUCGCUGCCAAACUCAUCAAUGGAGGUGUAGCAGGGCUUGUGGGAGUAACCUGUGUGUUCCCCAUUGACUUGGCCAAGACCCGACUACAGAAGCAGGGCAAAGAUGUGUACAGAGGAAUGAUAGACUGCCUCAUGAAGACAGCACGCAUGGAGGGCUUCCUGGGCAUGUACCGAGGGGCUGCAGUAAACCUUACCUUGGUCACUCCUGAGAAGGCCAUCAAACUAGCAGCUAACGACUUCUUCCGGCAGUUGCUCAUGGAAGACAGGACUCAGCGGGACCUGAAGAUGGAGAUGCUGGCUGGAUGUGGGGCUGGAAUGUGCCAGGUGGUGGUUACGUGUCCCAUGGAAAUGCUCAAGAUUCAGCUGCAGGAUGCUGGGCGCUUGGUGGCCCAUCACCAGGGCUCUGCCGCAGCACCCCCCUGCCACAGUGCUGACUUGCCUUCCACUUGCAAGCGCCCAUCUGCCACCCUCAUCGCCCAGGAGCUGCUUCGCACAGAGGGCCUGUCUGGUCUCUACAAGGGCCUGGGGGCCACUCUCCUCAGGGAUAUCCCCUUUUCCAUCCUCUACUUCCCCCUGUUCGCCAACCUCAACAACCUCGGGGUCAGCGAGCUCACAGGAAAGGCGUCCUUUGCUCACUCUUUCCUAUCAGGCUGUGCUGCAGGGUCCGUGGCAGCUGCCGCAGUCACCCCACUGGAUGUUCUGAAAACUCGAAUCCAAACCCUCAAGAAAGGGGUAGGUGAGGAUACCUACAGCGGGGUCAUGGACUGUGCCAGGAAACUCUGGACUCAGGAGGGACCCUCCGCCUUCAUGAAGGGAGCAGGCUGCAGGGCCCUGGUCAUAGCGCCUCUGUUUGGCAUCGCCCAGGGGGUCUACUUUGUCGGGAUUGGAGAGCACGUCUUAAAGUACUUUGAGUAGAGCUAGUGCCCGGCCUGCCCUGCCCUGUAGUAUUUACUACCUCAGUCACAGAAGCAGCAGCCGAGUGAACAGCCCUUUCUUCAUGAUUUCUGAAUUUCCUUUGGGGUAAGGCUGCUACAUAUGCUCCUAACCACCCGUUUCUAACCAGAAUUAUCCUUGUUUUGGUUGUAAAGACAAAAGGGCUAUUUUUACAGUUAACAUUCCCAGUUCACACUCAAGUUCAGGAUACUGAACUUGAAGUUGGUGUGAGGGUUAAAUGUUGUCUAGCUUGAAUUCAAAAACUUACUGUGAGCGCUAGCACUGAUGUGGAGCAAAGGGGGGGACGGAAGCGAGAACCUUGCUGGCCCAGGAGCCUCCUUGUGUGUGCCGCAUGGAGGGCAGAGUCCACCCAGAUCAACAGUCACGUCAGAGCGGCUCUCCUGACCAGGUUCUCCUCCUGCAGCGCGGCCCCCGACCCUUCCUGUGGAUGUUCCUAUCUGUUUGAAAUAGAAAACUUAAUGGUGAAGGCCUCACUGGUAAUUGAGGGGCGCGGCUCCACUUUCUCACUGUCUCCAUCACUUCCUAGGGGCAAACUCAAGGGGCUGA